ACUGGCAACGCACUGCCCUUCAGAGAUACCACCGCCACACACCGCGACACAAACAAGCACAACGGGACAGUCACAGUCACUGUGGCAAUGGACAAGGCCAACCGAGAUGCGCUGAUAACACAACUGCAGACAGACAUCCGACAGUCGCAACAGGAGGCACGCCAGCAGCAACUGGUCAUCGACAG